AUGUUCCCAUUUGACUCGUUCUCCUGUCAAGUUGUGCUUUCACCACGUCCAGCUUCAAUGUUGAAUAUUACAAGACCGGAAGCGGAUCGUGCUGAGAUUUUGAAUCAACCACUUUCAACAAGCACUAUUGAUUUGCCAACUCAUUUUAUUCCACCAAGAGUGAGUUUGAAAAUCAAAAAAAAAAUGAAAAAUCAAUUUUUCAGUGCAUUAUGAAACCCGAUCCAGCAUUUGAUGCUGCUCUUGAGAGAUAUAUGGACAGAAUUCAAGACCCGGCCAUUGAGAUGGAUCUCUCUCACUUUAUGAAACUUCCCGAGCCUCGCACUCCCUCUCCAAUUCCAAUGGCUGACACUCGUAAACGUCUCCCACCUAUGGGCACUCCUCAAUCUUUACAAUCACCAACUCCUACACCAUCCUCAAAUGUCAAACGUGCAAAAACGGCUGAUGAUGCAAAUAUCACAUGUCAACACUGUUUUCAAAGCUUCUUGGCGAUCACCGGCUUUGAAGCAGACCCUUUGAAAAGUGGACCAUGGAAUUGGCACGAAUUUGUUGAUAUGAAAGGGCAAAUGAGGUAGAUUUGAUUGAAAUCCGGUGACAAAAAAAACAUGAAAAGUUUUCAGAUGCCCAAGAUUCUGGUACAUGGAACUGGAACGUUGCAACAAAAAUAGCAUCGAGGCUCAAAAAGAGGUGCUCCGCCAGGAACAUGAGCAACUUCGUCAACAACAACAACUUCGCGAGCGUAGACAUCGCAAUCCUGAAAAUCCAUAA